CGUCCUUCCACUUUCCUCGCCCUCCCGGACCUGCCCCUACUGUAGCACAAGAUCUGCACUCCGCUCACUCUCGAGAUGUAUUACACCGAGAUGGACCCUGAGCGCCACCGCAGCAUCCUGGCAGCCAUCGGGGCCUAUCCGCUGAGCCGCAAGCACGGCACGGUGAUGCCCGCGGCCUGGGGGGGCAGCUACCGCUCCUCCAAAGAGGAGCACAAGGGUCCCACCCCCGCCGCGGUGGCCGUGCCGGCCGCAGGGGCAGCGGGCACCGAGCCUCCAGGGAAGCCCUCGGCCGCGGGACAGAAGGAAGACUCGCUGAAGGCAGCAGGAGGCGCGGCGUCCCAGGCCCCCCUGUGAUGGCCACGUCGCUGCCAGCGGCCAGGCAUCCCCAGCCAGCUCCUGUGACCAGCGCAUCGCCCAAUGCCCCCCAUUCCGUGUUUGUGCUCCCGCCGCCAGGUACCCUGCUGAAGCCCCCUACACUGGUGGGCCUCUGGCUCUGUCGCUUUUCUGUAAGUAAAGAUUCAAGUCUA